GUAAGGAGUAAUUGGUUAAACCCUUGCAGUAGUUCACCUUAGAAGGUUGUUGCCGGAAAUGAAUUCAGUGGCGGUGAGACUUGCGAAGCAUCUACGAGUCUCUACUCUGACCUCAUCUUCCCUCGGUAGUGUGUCGAGAAGCGGAACAUUAUGGUACUCGACGUCUCCAUCUGGAGGUGAAGAUGAUCAGCCUUCACAUGUUAAUGGUGAACCGAAGAACGAAGAACUAGAUGAAGGUUUUGAUGAUCUUCUUGGUGGAAGGCCCGAACUAGAACUGCAAGGUGUGGAUCCCAAAAGGGGUUGGGGCUUUCGGGGUGUGCACAAGGCAAUUAUUUGUGGCAAAGUUGGCCAGGCCCCUGUACAGAAGAUAUUGAGGAAUGGUAGAAAUGUAACCAUCUUUACAGUGGGAACAGGGGGCUUAUUUGAUCAGAGAAUUGGAUCAAAGGAUUUGCCAAAGCCUGCCCAAUGGCAUCGGAUUGCUGUGCAUAAUGAUAUGCUUGGGGCCUAUGCAGUACAGAAACUCUUUAAAAACUCUUCAGUCUAUAUUGAAGGUGACAUUGAGACUAGAGUUUAUAAUGAUAGCAUCAAUGGUGAUGUUAAAAGCAUUCCAGAGAUAUGUGUUCGCCGUGAUGGGAGAAUUCGCCUCAUCAAGAGUGGAGAGAGCAUCGACAAAACUUCCUUGGAUGAAUUGCGUGAAGGGUUGUUUUAGAGGAAAUCUGACCAUCUGGCGGAAGCAUCUACUUCUGUAAAAAUCUUAGCCUUCUGAAGCACCAUUUCUAAUGAAUAAUGAAUGCUUUGGUUGGAUUUAAUUUUUUCCAAUAUAUUCUUUAGCAUUCUGAAUUUUCCCAUGGUUAUUUAUGGAAGAGGUGUAGAAGAACUUAUUUUUUGUGGCCACUAUUUGUAGUUUGGGUAUGAAUAUAUAUCUAGUUUGGAAAUAUAUAUAUAUCUAGUUUGCUCGUGUUUGAAAUGA